AUGGAGCAUGCCAUUCUAAGAUGUGAUUUUGCUAUGGUAGUAUGGACUAAAUGGAUUGACUGGCCUAUCAGAAUUCUUGGCUGCAACCUGGAUGUCACUGAUUUGGCUCUCAACUUAAUGAGCCAGGGAACUCAAAGUGACUUGGAGAAAUUCUUUGGGAUGGCUUGGUUAAUUUGUUAUAAUAGGAAUCAGGUUGUGAAUAAGGAUUGUGGUGUAGCAGCUGAUCAUGUCUGGGGUUUAGCUAUCCGACUGAUAGAAGAAUUCAAGGAGGCAAAUAUUCAAUUAAUAAAGCCGAAAGGGACAAGGGAUAAAGCCUGGAAACCUCCCCCAAAAGAUGUUUAUCUUAUAAAUGUAGAUAGGGCAGUACCAGCAAUGGAAGGUAACUCAGGAAUAGGAAUUAUAAUUAGAGAUUGGAAUAAUCAAGUUGUUGCAGCCUUGAGCAUGCCCCUUUUGGGUAGAUUUGCAGUGGAAGAAACUGAGACAAUUGCUAUGGAGCAGGGCAUUGUUCUAGCCAAGGAGCUUGGAUUAAAUCAAGUCAUCUUGGAAGAAGAUUCAAUGCAAAUAGUUCAAGCAAUAUGCAGCAAAGAUGUGUGGGGAGUUGCAGGUCAUAUAAUUCAUGGUAUUCUGCAAGGAAUGAGUGGCUUUCAUUAUGCAGAAGCUAGAUACAUUUGCAGGAAUAGCAACAAAAUAGCCCGUGAGCUAGCUCAACAAGCCAAAAGAUCAGGAAAGGAAAGCAAGUGGAUUGGUGUGAUCCCUGAGGUCUAG